GGGGUGGGGCUAGUGUAGAAAAGUCUGGACUGGCCCACGGUCGCUGAUAAAGAGUUAAAGCCUGCUGCUGCGCGACAAAAGGCCUCAGUAACUGACUGCGCCGUUUAGAGACAGCAUCCUUCCCGACGACGACCAGGCCGACCCCGACCAAGGAGGCCGUGUGCACACUCAUAAAGCAAGCCAAGCCAGCACACACACCGCCAUCCCACAGCACGCUGUGGCGUACCCAUCCUCUCACGGCCAGCACACUCAGCGCACAGCAACCACUGUCGCCAUUCACACGUAGAGAGCAGCAGCGCCCCCAGCAUUACAUACAUAACCCGCCUCUCUCGUCCUCCCCAGCCGCCAUGUCACUCUACGCCCGCGCAAACGCAACGGUAGCGGCCACCGGUACCGCCGUCAAGAACGCGACCGCCAGCGCAGCCAAGACCACCACAACAGCACUCACCAAGGCGCAGAAGCUCCAGCGCACAGCCCACAGGAUUGAUGGCGCUAUCUACAAGUGGUACGUGAUCGCCGGGGUCGUCUUCGCCCUGUCGGCCGUCUACGUCCUCGGCCUGCUCCGCGCGCUCGUCAUCCGCCGCCGCGUCGCCGCGAAGCGCAAGGCCGGCGCCACGCCGACCUACGGCACCACCAAGGCUGGCGGCCUCACCACCGCGCCGCGCGCCCUCAAGGCGCUGUACGACAACGCGGCGUACGUCCGCGUUCUCCCCCUCUACCUCUACCAGCGCACCACGCUCGCCGAGGCCUUCUGGACCAUCGCGUACAUUGGCGUCUGCCUCGGCUUCGGCUUCUGGGGGAGCAUCUUCAGAAACCUCCCGCUGGAUAUCGCCAACCCCAUGGGCCUGAUUUCCAUGUCUCAGAUCCCCCUCGUCGUAGGCCUCGCAUCACGUAACAACGUCCUGUCAUACCUCACGGGCAUCGGCUACGAGAAGCUCAACUUCCUGCACCGCACCGCCGCGCGCGUCAUGGUGCUCAGCGUCGCGCUGCACGCGCUCACUUGGGCGCACAGAGGCCUGCCAACGGACAACAAUAUCCACUCGGACGUGUUCAAGUGGGGCGUGAGCGCCGGCUCGUGCCUGCUUGUUGUCUUCCUGACGUCGUUCGCCAUCGUGCGCCGCGUCGCGUACGAGGCCUUCCUCUUCAUCCACAUCGUGUUCGUCCUCAUGUUCCUCGUUGCAGUCUACCACCACUACGAGCCCUACAACUACUGGGUGUGGCCUGGUCUCUUCCUCUGGGGCCUCGACCGCUUCGUCGGCUUUGCGCGCCUCGUGCUCGUCAACAAGCUGUGGUUCCGCAGCAACUCGACGAUCGAGCUCGUCGACACCGACGUCCUCCGCGUCACCGUCAACCGCCCCCUGCUGCGCUGGAGCCCGGGCCAGCACGCGUUCCUCACCAUGCCCCAGGUCGCCGGGCUGCGCUACGAGCAGCACCCCUUCACCAUUGCCAAUGUCCCGGACGGCACCGGCAACGCCGUGUUCCUCCUCCGUGCGCAGAACGGCUUUACCCGCCGCCUGGUCAACAAGCUCGCCGAUGACGUGUCCACCAGCAUAAACACGUACGUCGAGGGCCCGUACGGAAUCAGCCACGACAUGAACCACUACGACUCGGUGCUCCUCGUCGCCGGCGGCACCGGCGUGACCUUUGCCCUGUCGCAUCUGCUGUCCAUCAUCAAGGCUGGCCGCGAGGGCAAGACGGCCGUGUCCCACGUCCGCCUGGUGUGGAACGUCCGCGAUGCGUCCCACGCGCGCUGGAUUGCCCCCCUCCUCAACGACGCGAUCGCUGCCGGCGCCGGCGGCGUGUCCGUCUCCAUCGACUUCUACAUUACCCGUUCUGAGGCCUCCGGCGAGCCCGAGGAGAAGGGACACACGGCCGACAGAGACCCUGCCCCUGACGCGACCGACUCGCCCGCCACCACGUCCCCUUCGGGCUCGAGCACCGGCGUUGACCAGGAAGAAGAGAAGCCCAGCGCCUCUGACAAGCUCAUGCUUGCCGCGGGUCUGAACGCCGCGGCUGCUACCGUCGCGCACUUCCACAACGGCCGCAGCCACCUCGAGCACAUCCUCCGUGAGGACGUCGACGCGUCGGCUGUCGACGCUGCCGGCGUCCACGUCGCUGUCUGUGGUCCCACCUCGCUCGCACUCGACACCCGCCGCGCCGUGUGCAAGGUUAACUCGUCGGUCGCCGUCCUCCGCGGCCAGAACCCAGUCACGUUCUACUCGGAGACCUUUGGCUGGUAGGUUGCAGCCUGCUGUUGGUUGUGUAUAGAUUUCGCCUGUCGCUCGCAGUAUAUAGUAUCGCCCGCUGGUCGAGGCAAGGACAUGAAAGCCUGCCCAAGGUGUUUGUACAUAUGUGCAUAGAUGUCAGUGGU